GAUUUCUAUAACAAUGUGUGGGCGGACUGCCUGCACUUUGGCGCCAGAUGAUGUAUGCCAAGCCUGCAACUUUCAUGAUAAGAAAGGAACAACACAGAAACCAUUGUGGAGGGAUCCUCCCGGAGGCCAGCAAUACUUUCCCUCAUAUAAUGUCUCUCCAGGCUCUCACACGCCUGUCUUACUGUCAAGUAGACACUACUUAGGGGAGUUGGAGGGCUUGUCUGACCGUGUCAUUCAGCCAAUGAUGUGGGGCAUGGUUCCUUCCUGGCACAAGGGUGAUCCUAAAAAAGUCAGUUACGAAACUAACAACUGCCGAGCAGAAGGUAUGCUGGAGAAACGAACCUACAAGGUACCUCUGGAAAAAGGCAGACGAUGUGUGGUGUUAGCUGAUGGGUUCUUUGAAUGGAAGAGAGACAAAGACGAAAAGCAACCAUAUUUCAUUUAUUUCCCACAAUCAUCAUCAUUGUGUACACAAAAAGAAAGUAUCAGUGACAUCAAACAGGAAGUGAAAAUGGAAGAUUCUGAUUGGCUAAAUGUUAAGAAGGAGCCAGACUUAGUUUCAAAUUCAAGUGAUUGGCCAGUGGAGGAUAAGUGUGAUCAAGACUUUAAGGAUACAAGACAAACACUUGAAACAGAAAAAAAAGAAAUAAAAGUAGAACCUAAAGACAUUCUGCAGAAUGUGAGUUUGGAGUCCGAAUUAUUUUCUGACUUUCAUGGUCACAGUGAUGGAAGAGAUGCUGGAGAUAAAACAUUUCAGGGCAUUAACCUUGAGCAGGGAAAUAAGUGCACAGGUAAAAAUGUCCCUAGCACCAAGCGACUACUUACAAUGGCAGGUGUUUUUGAUAUCUGGUCGCCACCUGAUGGGGCGCCACCUUUGUACACAUAUAGUGUCAUAACUGUUGCUGCCUCAGCUGCCAUGGACUGGCUCCAUCACAGAAUGCCGGCCAUCCUGACAUCGGAGGAAGAAGUCAGUGAAUGGCUGGAUUUUGGCGAUAUACCAUUGUUAAAGGCUGUGAAGAACAUCCGACCAGUGGAGUGUAUCCAGUUACACCCUGUGUCCAAUGUUGUCAACAACUCCCGAAAUAAAACACCUGACUGUGUGGAACCUCUGGACCUCAAAAAAAAACUGAAAGAGUCUGCUAGUAGUAACCUAAUGAGGAAUUGGUUGUCCAGGCCUAAAAAUGAAGGAGUUUCCCCAGUCAAGGUGUCAGAAAGUCCACCUAAGAAAAAGAAGAAGACGGAGAGUAGUGUGAUGAUGGGCUGGUUAAACAAGGCUAAGAAAUCAUAA